AUGCAGUACAGUGAAGACGAUGACUCUCAAAAUGGGUUUUCGGAAUCGACUCAAGGAUUAUCUAAGGCAGAGUUGAGAAAGACAAAUAAGCCAAUAAUGGAAAAGAAGCGGCGCGCGCGCAUCAACAAUUGCCUCAAUGAACUGAAGGAUUUACUACUGGACUCUAUGGACAAAGACCCGGCACGCCAUUCAAAAUUAGAAAAAGCGGAUAUUUUAGAAAUGACAGUGAAGCAUCUUCAGACUCUUCAAAGACAGCAGCUUGCAGCAGCAAUAGCAGCCGACCCAGGAGUCCUUCAUCGCUUUAAAGCCGGCUUCGGUGACUGCGCAGUGGAAGUCCGAAGAUACCUCUCAAGACUAGCAAGCGUUCCAACUGGACUCCGCUACCGACUGGGAAACCAUCUCAACUCAUGUAUCUCCGGAAUUGAACACCUACAUCCCUCUGAAUAUGCGCCCCUGGUACCAGACCCUUUAAGACUCGACGAUGAAAGACCCAGCGCCUUCCACUAUGUCAAGUCCACGCGACCAACCAGCCCACCAUUAAGCCCCCUGUCGUGUGACUCAGCAUGCGACUCCUCAACAGAACUAGAAACUCCUCCUCGCCCCGUUAAAACAUAUCCCUUCCCAACACCACCCAGCCAUUCGGCGUCAGACCAAGACACCAGCCCUGAACAAAAAGCAACGGUGUCCUCAACUACAAUUUCCCCAGAAAUGCUAAAACAAGAAGCCUUAAGGAAUAAGAAGCUUAUGGAACCACUGUCAAUAGUUAUAGAUGUUGAGAACUACAAAAUCGGGAUAGAUGCAUCACCAAAACGCGCUGUGGACUACUCAAUCAGACACAAAUAUAAACGUCACGCUGACAGCUUAGGACCGCCAGCUAAAGUCUUACGGUUGGAUGAGAAGUCCAUUACGCCACAGAAGAGAGAAGAACACGCAACCUUAGAAUCGUUCAGAAGAGUACCAGAAAGGGUAUUGCAUACUGAAAAAAAGUUAUCGCUACCGCAAAGUAUCCCUGUACCGGUGGAGGUGCCAUCACAAAGCCGAUCUGUUAUAAGCCAUACUGCAGAGUCCUUGGCUCAGUCCAGCACGAGUAAGGUGGCAAAAGACAAGGCAGAAGCAGACACAAGUUCAAAAUCUCCUGUUCAAGGCACGAGUACUGAAAUGUGGCGACCUUGGUGA